UUCUAAAAACAGUAGUAACAGUGAACCGAGGAAGCCGAUUACUAAAAUACUUGCUAUCGAUCUGAAGUAGUAUAUGGAAGGAAGGAAGGAAGGAAGUCUGAGGACCGAUUUUCCAGAUUUCGUAUCCUAGAUAUUUGAUACUAGAUGAAGUUCUCGGAUCCAAGCCAUACAUGUCUCCUGUAACGACUUUGUUGUCAUGCAUCAAGCGCACAAGAUCACAGUCAGAAUGCAGCUGUUCAAGAAUUGAUAGUUCUGCCAAUGUUGACGGAAUCGAAAAGCCCAAAAAAAUACGACAAACAUCUGGGGUGGAGAAUCCACUAAAGGAUGUGAUAGAAACUAGAAUGAAGGCAGAAGAGGCAGCAGAAGAAAGACAUCAAGAGAAUAUGGCUACGCAAGGGAGAUACCACCAAGAAACGACAGUGUUUCGAAAAAGAUUCCUCACUGCUUUUGUGAAAAUGGCUGACGUCCUACAAAAAAAAAAUAAACACGUUUUUUAACAUCUACAAAA